GCCAGGGCUGCGCGCCGCAGCCGGACGCGCCUAGUCCGGGACCGACGCGAGCGGCUGUCGCCGGCGGCGCCCUGCGCCUCUCAGCCCCGACCGGGCCCCUGCGCGCGGCGUGCGGACACUAUGCUCCGCGUCCUGCUCCUCGGCGUGUUGGCCCCCGCCGGCCUGGGGCUCCCGGCGCCCCCGGAGCCUCAGCCCAUCGGCAGCCAGUGCGUCGAGCACGACUGCUUCGCGCUCUUCCGGGGCCCCGCGACUUUCCUCGCUGCCAGCCGGGUCUGCGAGCAGCUGCGGGGACACCUGAUGACCGUGCGCUCCUCGGUGGCAGCGGAUGUCAUCUCCUUGCUACUGAGUGGCGACGGCGGCGAUGGCCCGCAGCUCUGGAUCGGCCUGCAGCUCCCGCCCGGCUGCGGCGACCCGGGGCACCGCGAGCCCCUGCGCGGCUUCCAGUGGGUUACGGGCGACAACCGCACCAGCUACAGCAGGUGGGCGCGGCCUCACGACGACGGGACGCCCCUCUGCGGUCCGCUGUGCGUCGCCGUCUCGGCGGCCGGGGCUCCGGCACCGGGAGAGCCGGCCUGGGAGGAGCUGCCGUGCGGCGCGGAAGCCGACGGCUUCCUCUGCGAAUUCAACUUCGCCGCCUCCUGCCGGCCGCUGGUUGUGGAGCCCGGCGCCGCCGGCGUCUCCGUCACCUACAGCACCCCGUUCGGGGCCCGCGGCGCGGACUUCCAGGCGCUGCCGCUGGGCAGCUCGGCCUCCGUGAUGCCCCUCGGGGUGAAGCUGGAGUGCGCGGUGCCGCCCGCUGAGGCCGAGGCGCGCUGGGGCCGGGAGGCACCGGGCGCCUGGGCCUGCAGCGUGGAGGGCGGCGGCUGCGAGCACGCGUGCAACGGGAGCGCCGGGGCGUCGAGCUGCCUCUGCCCCGCCGACGCCGCCCUGCAGGCGGACGGGCGCUCCUGUGCGGUGCCGGCCGAGCACCCGUGCCACCAACUCUGCGAGCACUUCUGCGUCCCGGGCUUCCCCGACGCGCCCACCAACUACACGUGCAUGUGCGCGACGGGCUACCGGCUGGCUGCGGACCAGCACCGGUGUGAGGACGUGGAUGACUGCACGCAGGUGCCCAGUCCGUGCCCGCAGAGUUGUGUCAACACGCAGGGCGGCUUCCAGUGUCACUGCUUCCCCGGCUUCGACCUGGUGGACGGCGAGUGCGUGGAGCCUGUGGACCCGUGCUUCGGCACUAACUGCGAGUACCAGUGCCAGCCCGUGGGCGGAGCUGGGUACCGCUGCAUCUGCGCCGAGGGCUUCGCGCCCAUCCCCCACGCCCCGCACAGGUGCCAGAUGUUCUGCAACCAGACUUCGUGCCCGGCCGACUGCGACCCCAACAACCUGGCGAUCUGCCGGUGCCCCGAGGGCUACAUCCUGGACGAGGGCUCCGUGUGCACGGACAUCAACGAGUGCGACAACGGCUAUUGCCUUGGCAAGUGCCACAACCUCCCCGGCACCUACGAGUGCAUCUGCGGGCCCGACACGGCCGUCUUGGGCCAGGCUGGCACCGACUGUGACCCCAUCAAGGUGAGCGAGGAGGAGGACGGCGGCUCUGGGGCGCUCCCGGGCAGCCCGACUCCCGGCUCCACCCCUCGCCCCUCGCCCCCGCCCGCGGGGCCUCUGCAUUCGGGCGUGCUCGUCGGCAUCUCCAUCGCGAGCCUGUCUCUGGUCGUGGCGCUUUUGGCGCUCCUCUGCCACCUGCGCAAGAAGCAAGGCACCUCGCGGGCGGAGCUGGAGUACAAGUGCGGGGUCCCCGCCAAGGAGGUGGUACUGCAGCACGUGAAGACCGAGCGGACGCCUCAGAAACUCUGAGGGACCUCCCUCCCUGACCCAGGUGUUGAGUGGCCUUUUCCUCCCUCCUGGGCCUCAUUGCUCCUCCCCUCUCCAGCCUUUCUCUCCCACUACCCCAAAGCACCUUAGCUGGCGUCAGAACUGGAGAAGACGCUCGCUCCUCUUCUUUCGCUGCUUCUACACUUGGCUAUGGGGGAGGGGGGCGCGUUGGAAGAAGUAUGGCCCCAGCCAUUUCCAUGAUGUCAUCGGACAAGUGGGCAGAGACAGCAGUUUUAUAGUGACAAGAUGCUGAUCUUGUCAAAGUGUCCGAUGCCCUCACCAAGGGGCACAGGAGGGGUGAGUGUUCUUGGUUGGCAGCCUUGGGGCAGACUUCAUCCCAAUGGACUAAGUGAGGUGUAAUUGAGUCAUAGAUAAUGACCAAGAUAUUUAUUUUUUAAGUAUUUCUUGUUCUUUGGCUUCUUUCCCUACCCUCGAGUCUCCGGCACCCACUUUGUAUCCCUCUCUCCUUUCUCCCUUCCCCUCUCUCCCCUUCCCUGUCUAUAUAUUUAUGUGCUCCCACUUGUCAUGGGGCCCUUAUACUAUCUUUUCCAGUCCUCUUGCAUUUAUGAAGCGAAGCCGCAUUUCAGCCCUUUCAUUUCUCCCAAUUUACCCCUGCCAGGAACUCAGCCAACCCACCUGAGCCGCCCUACCUGUACUGGACCCUACGUCUGCCCUUAGCUGUCUGCCUGGCCAGAACUGUUAUGUGAAACAGAAACAAAAACACUAGAAAUAAGAAUGGUUGGGAAUUUGUUCUUUCAGCAGAUAUUUGCUAAUUUAUCCUGAAAUUUCAGGCUUCCAGAGCAAUAUCAUUUUAACAGAGGUUAAGAUGUGACGGGCAUUUGUUAGACUAAUGUUGCUGGACUAUCACAGGAAUUCAAUGCAAGGAGGUUUUCAUUUUUAUUUUUAAACAAUGAACCUGCGUUUUAUUGUUGUUGUUGUUUUGAUUUGGACUGAAAAGUAGUCAUUGUUGUUAAGCUUCUUAUGCAGUGUCUUUUCCUGUUAUUAUUAUUCCUAUUAUUAUUAGUUAUUUUUGACAAUGUUGAAAAUGUUUGUUCACAUAGUUGCUCUAAACUGAGAGAAGAUGGAAGCACCUCCCGGGAGACAGUGUAAGAAAGUUUUGAGCUGCAGGAUUCAUGCCGAUGACCAUUUGGACUCUGACUGUUCUUGUCAUUUGUAGGCC